AUGGUGCCAGCGUUCGUGUACACGGUGCAGAACGUGCUUAUCAACAUCGCUUAUCGCCACCUGCACCCAGUCACCUUCGCCAUGCUGUCCCAGACGAAGCUUCUAUUUACCGCGCUCUUCAACUUCAUAUUCCUCAGGCAGAAGCAGUCUGGCCGGCAGGUGUUGGCCCUGCUCGCCAUGCUCGUAGCAGCUGUGCUCCUCUCCAUCGCCGACCAUGUGCAGCUCUCCCUCUCCCUCUUUGGGGGCGAGGGAGCGGGCGAGGGAACGGCAGACGGAAAGGGAGGGAAGGAGGGAACAGGGAGCGGCAAGCCUAGUGCAGGUGGAGGAGGAGGGAGUGGAGGGUUAACGGAGAGUCUAGCAGCAUCAGUGUUGUUUGGAGCGAUUCCCAUGCUGGCAGCAUCUGUCACGUCUGGGUUCGGGUCCAUGUACUGCCAGUGGGUCUCCCAGGUGAAGGGCCGCAGCUCCUACUUGAUGACCAUCGAGAUGUCGUCGUUCAGCUUCUGCCUCCUCCUCGCCUCUCUCCUGCUCGUUCCCUCAUCACAUGACGCAGUGCGCAUUAGGCAGCUUGGCUUCUUCCACGCCUGGACCCUCCUCUCCAUGGUGCCCAUACUGACCAACGCGCUAUCAGGCAUCCUCGUGGGGGUGGUGGUGCAAAUAUCAGGGGGACUCAAGAAGGGUUUCGUGAUGAUAAUAGCGCUGCUGGUGACGGCAGCAGCUCAGCUUCUCCUAGAAGGCGAGCCUCCCCCUCUUCUCGUGUGGGUGGCGUUCCCCAUGGUAGUGGCGAGCACCCACAUGCAUGCUGCAUACCCGUACUUGGAAAAGAAGGAUUCGGAUCGAAGGAAGGCAGAGUAG